UUUCAUUUCAACACCGAGCGAACGAAAAGUUGCAGCGAAAAAACCGAAAACUCUGUGAAACAAACAUAUCUAUAUAUUUUGUGGUCGAAAAAAAGUGCAGAAAAACGACGUACGAUAAUUAAUAAAUACGCUUAAAUGCACCAUGAACUAUGCAAAAGUUAUGUGCUAAAAGUGAGAGCUAACAAGUGAGCGUUGCAACUGGCAAUCAUGUGGAAUGCAUUGAGGAUUCAGCAGAUUUGGCGGCUACUCCCGAUCCUGAUUCACCUGUCGCCAUUCACUUCCGCCCAACAGACGCACAUUAAGUUGGAGCAGGGCGAUCUCAUUGGGCUCAAGGUCUUUCCGGAUGGGACACGUGGCGCUGUCUACGCCUUUCUGGGCAUUCCGUACGCCCAGGCGCCCCUCAACGAACUACGAUUUGCUCCCGCCAAGCCGAGCUCCAGUUUCAACCGCACCCUCCAGGCCACCACCAUGAAGCCGCUGUGCCCGCAGCUAGCGAACACCAUCUACGACGAGAGCUCCGAUGGCUCCAUGCCCAGAUCAGUGAGCACCGACGAGGACUGCCUGUACCUGAACAUUUGGACACCGGAGUCGGGGAUGCGGUACGGCAAGCUGCCCAUAGUGGUCAUUGUCACGGGUGAGGAGUUCGCCUACGACUGGCCCAGAAAUCGCAUCAAUGGCUUGGAUCUGGCCGGAGAGGGCAUUGUGGUGGUCAGUGUCCAGUACCGUAAUAAUAUCUACGGAUGGCUGAGUCUGGGCGAACAGCAUCGUAAUGUGCCUGGAAAUUAUGGCCUAAGUGAUGUUCAGAUGGCACUGCGGUGGAUUCGAAGGAAUGCAGAUGCCUUUGGCGGCAAUCCAGAUCACAUUACUCUUUUGGGGCAUGGGAGUGGAGGAGCACCUCUGGCACUGGUUGCUACUUUGGAGGAUACCAGCCAGGUUAAGCAACUGGUGCUCAUGUCACCCGGUCCCAUUAUGAGAGCCUUGGGUCAGAAUCACCAAAAGCGGAUAGUGGAAACUGGUCAGGUGCUGGUACAGAAAUUGGGCUGCCAAUUUGAGGAGGCACAACGUCGCCAGUUGAUGAGUUGUCUUAGGCGCAAGAGCCGGGAGGACUUGCUCCGUGCGUACGAAAGCGUUUAUAACCAUGGCAACGGGAGCUCCCAGCUGGGAGUAAUACUACCCGAAGGAUUGCCACUCGAGCAACGCCUUCGUAACAAAACAUUUCCCCCCGUACUGCUGGGCAUCACCUCCAAUGAAGGAGCCUUCCUGCAGGACUACUGGCUCGACGUGGCCAGGGAGGGUCAGGUGGCGCUGCAUAAGUACAUCAAUAACACAUUGUUGCCGAAUGUGAUGCGAGCAUUGGAGUCGGUGGGUGAGGAGAGCUCCACUCAACUGGCGGCCAUUAGAUGGAGGUACUUCAAUGGCAAGGGAGAGGGAGUCAGCCACUUGAUGGCAGGAAUGCAAAGACUACUCUCGGAAUCACUCUAUGAGUUACCCUACUCACGAAUCUUGGAGCUUUUAAAUGGAACCACUACCUAUGCCUAUGUAUUCGACCAAUCUCACUCGAUGGACAUGCGAGGCAGAAGAAACCUUUUCGGCGGAGCCUCCCACAGCUCAGAUCUGCCACUUCUCCUCGGUCCGAGUCUGUUUCAGCAGAUAGCCCGUCGAAGAUUCAGUGGCGAGGAGGAGCAGCUAUGUCGCAAAAUAAGAGGAGCAUUUGCGAACUUCAUUAAAAAUGGCAACCCCACUCCGGGGCGGAUAUACGACGGCUGGUUACCCUACAACAAGGAGAACCCAUUCGUUUAUAGCUUGGGAGAGCAAGCAAAGACGCCGCAGACAGGAUCAGUCGAUGAGGCUGAGGUGGACAAGCUACUUAGAGGGGAGGCAGGAGCUCAAGGGUUAGAUAGAAGCUUAUCGCGUAGCAACCGCCACGAUACCUAUAGAGCAGCACCCUCCAAUUCCUACACGGCCAGCAAUCAACUGGAUUCGGGCUACUCCAAUCACUUGCAAAAGGUUUACGGAUUCUGGCAGGUGUUAAUGCCACUGGAAAGGGAGGAUGACUUGAGGGGAGGAGGAGCUCUGGGCCAGCGGGUACGACUCUUGGAAGCGAGUGCCGAUGCAGCACGCUACCGCCAGGGAUUCUAUGCGAUGUUGGGAUUAGUGUGCCUACUCCUUGCCUGCCUGUGCCUGUGCGUUUAUCUACUCAAAAGAGACCCGAAUGCAAUGAGAAGACGGAGUGCAUCCUCGGGAUCAGAUUGCUACAGCUUAUGACAUAAGUGGUUUCGUUGGACGACCAU